AGCUUAAAUCCUAUACGGCAAGAGGAUGCGCUUUCUAUUCUGGGAUUUGAAAAGCCUUUUAAUGAAAUUCAUUUUGGCCCUUUUACUGGCAAUGCAACGCUAAUGAGAUGGUUUAGAAAGCUUUGCAUAUUCUUUGGAGUGAAAGGAAGAUGCUCUUAUUUUUAUAAGCCUCAUGGGGCAGGCAAAACUUCAGGCGUCACCGCAGACUGCGCUCUUGAAUUACUCCAAACAGGGCUCCGAAGUAGUAAUUGUGCCUUCAUCUACCAUUGCAAUAAUCAUUAUAUGUGUCCAAUUGGAUAUGAAGUCGUACCACAAUCUGCCGAACAUGCUUACAGCGAUGUAACAAGCGGCGUAUACAAUGAAGAUGAACGUAAGAGUUGGAUUUUAGUGGGUGAUACAAGCAAAAAACAGCCUGGUAUCCACUGCAUACCUUGGGAAGAAAUUGUUAAAGAUCUGAAUACCCAGAUGCCAUACCUUUACGAUGUUCGACGUCGAUAUAAAGGCAUAAAGAAAUUAAAUACCAGCAAAGAAGGUGGAAAUAUACAUUGUCUCAUGAUAUUUCGUAAAUGUUCUACGCGUUGUUCGGACGUAGCGAAACAAGUCUUGCAGCCGAUUCAAGACUCCGGGAGUAAUAUUGAUGAUAACAUAUUAAAAGUCAACUUUAAUAGCGUGCAAGAAGAUACUACGACUGAAUUGAUAGAUCUCGAUAUUUAA